AUGGCGGAAGUCUUUGGCGUCGUCGUCAGCGCCAUGACGGUGGCCGGCAUGGUAAGCAAGUUCAGCACCAGCAUCUUCAAGUUGAACAGGCUUUGGGAGGAGGUUCAAGAUGUGCCCAGUGAAAUCAGUCAGCGUAUCAAGCAGCUCGCGAUUGCGAAGCCAAUUCUCGAGGAAAUGGAGAAUGGGCUUCGGGGUGGGCAGCAUGGGAUCCAUCACAGUAGUGCGGCGGGCCUCAGUAUGGAAUAUUGCCAACAAGCCAUAAACGAACUGGAAGUGUUAGCGGAAGACUUGCAAUGUCGAAUCAGCAAUGCGAAGAGAUCAAGGAACUUUAUUAAACUCAAGGUCACUCUCAAGAAGGAUGUACUGCAGCGUUACCACGAGAGGAUACAAUUUGCUCUGCAACUACUCGCACUUUCUCAGCAAACAUACAUCAUUCAAAGACAGCUCCUCAACUAUUGA